UAUUAAUAUAUGUUACAUUCCGCAGCACAGACUAUCUGCCAAAUUAUCUAUUAUUUAUAAUAGGUAAGAUACUUGAAUAUUUGAAACAAGUUUUAAACUAGUUAAGGAUAAUAAAAAAACAGUAUAAAAGUUCAAUGAUUUUCAAUGAAACAUUUAUUCUGUCUGCAGUUCCAAGAUUACGGUUUAAAAUGAAGUGUUUCUUCUCAUUGCUAGUUUUGUUUUCAACAUUGAGUGCAAUACUCUGUAUAUGUGCACCCAGGGUAAAAAGUUUAAAUGACUGUAGAGAAGUGUGCCAACGGGUAGUUGGUUGUUAUGGGUUCAACUACGUUCCAGCUAACAAACUUUGCUUUUUAAAGGAUAAACCAUGGAGAUGGCGUGCCAUUUCUUCAUUAGGGUCGUUUUCUGGCUUUGCAGGAUUUAAUCUAACAUAUGAAAACACAGAUUUUAAUCAAGGAGACAUGGAUGACUGCAUUGUAAAUCAAAAACGAAUGGUCAAAGAUAAAAAACUUGUCAAUCUCUCAAACAAAAAUUAACAUUUAAUUUUAUAUUUUUAUAUUAUUUUUGUAAAACGGUUCAAAAAAAGCUAAGUUAAUAAAAGAAA